GUUGGAGUGCUAACUGUAUGAAUUGUUUACUAUAUAAGGGGACCAUCCGGGGUGGUUUCACUUGCUUCCUUUUAUGCAAAGAAUUCUCUAGAAUCCAAAACUCUUUCUUCUGCAUAUAUAGCAAGCAAAGAAAAAAAAACAGAGAGAAAAAUAGGGAGAGAGAUGAGGAGGUCAAGGUGUUUCCUAGACAUAAGCAUAGGAGGUGAGUUGGAAGGAAGGAUAGUAAUAGAGCUCUACAACGAUGUUGUUCCUAAAACUGCCGAGAAUUUUAGAGCUCUUUGCACUGGUGAGAAAGGCGUUGGACCUAACACCGGUGUCCCUCUUCAUUACAAGGGAUGUUGUUUUCAUCGUGCUAUCAAAGGUUUUAUGGUUCAAGGUGGAGAUAUCUCUGCUGGAGAUGGCACUGGAGGGGAAUCUAUUUAUGGCUUGAAAUUUGAGGAUGAAAAUUUUGAACUGAAACAUGAAAGGAAGGGAAUGUUAUCCAUGGCCAAUUCUGGCCCAAACACAAAUGGUUCACAGUUCUUUAUCACGACAACUCGCACUUCUCAUUUGGAUGGAAAACAUGUUGUAUUUGGCAAGGUUGUUAAAGGAAUGGGAGUUGUUCGUUCAAUGGAGCAUGUUACAACUGGUGAUGCUGAUUGUCCUGCUUCUGAUGUUAUAAUUGUUGAUUGUGGAGAGAUUCCCGAGGAUGCAGAUGAUGGGAUAUGUAAUUUCUUCAAGGAUGGUGAUGCUUAUCCCGAUUGGCCAGCUGACCUUAACGAGAUUCCUAAUGAACUGUCAUGGUGGAUGAGCGCUGUAGAUUCUAUUAAGGCUUUUGGAAAUGAACAUUUCAAGAAACAAGACUAUAAGAUGGCGCUAAAAAAGUACCGGAAGGCUUUACGCUAUCUGGAUAUCUGUUGGGAGAAAGAAGGGAUUGAUGAAGAGAAGAGUUCAGCUUUGAGGAAGGCGAAGUCACAGAUAUUCACAAACAGUGCAGCUUCUAAGUUGAAAUUGGGGGAUCUGAAAGGAGCUCUUGUGGACACAGACUUUGCAAUACGUGAUGGAGAAAACAAUGCUAAAGCUCUUUUUCGCCAGGGACAGGCAUACAUGGCUCUCAAUGAUGUUGAUGCUGCUGCUGAAAGCUUCAAGAAAGCAUUGCAGUUGGAGCCAAAUGAUGCUGGAAUAAAAAGGGAGCUUAAUGCUGCUAGGAAGAAGAUUAAUGAGAGACGUGAUCGGGAGAAAAAACAAUAUGAGAAGAUGUUCAAAACUUCAGAUAGUACUUCUGCAGAACCGUAGCCUAUUGGUUGCAGAUUCCUUGAAUUGCAAAAGCCCUCCAUUUCUUUUGCUACUUAGUUUCAUGGACUGAACUGGUUCAGGCUUUUUUUGUUUACAAACUCUGUUAUUCUUGAGGGAAUAUUAGGUUUUGUCAGAGAGCAAAGGAGCCUUUAUCAAAGGCAACUGUACAAAUUUGAGGCUUGAACCAAUUCUUAUUAGAUGCAUGGAAAUUGUUGUGAAACUUAGAGCUGGCAAACAAUGAUGAUUUACUCUUUGAUGGACAUAAAAUCUUGCCAUGUUCUAACAAUUAUGAUUUACCAGUCUUUUUUUUCUCCCCUUGUUCUUUUACCACCGAACUGACAUAUUUUUAUAUGCUGCAUCUAUAUAUAUCGAGUACUGUAUUAAACAUU